CACUGCAAUCACGUAACACUAACACAACACACGGGAGAGACGGACAGAGUGGCAGCGUUUUAUCGGUACAGUCUGGUUUCUGCUGGAUGUAAAUAACCGAAUAGAAACACCGAACUCAUAUUUGGACGGCUGAACUCGCUAGUAAAGCUGGAAGGAGGUGGUGGACCGCAGAUAUGCACUCAGCAGGAUGGAUUCUAUGUAACUCACAUGAAUUGUGAUGACAUAAUGAUGAAGAAGAUGAUGGAGAAGGGGGAGAUAGACCAAAAACACACCGGCCAAGUUGUGCUGGUCAAGAGGAUCAUAAUGAAGCAUGACAAUCCGGUCCAGCAGGGAAUCGGGAAGCCGAGCGUGUAUCAUGCUGUUGUGGUCAUCUUUCUGGAGUUUUUCGCCUGGGGUCUCCUGACGACGCCGAUGCUUACUGUUUUACACGAAACAUUCCCCACACACACCUUCUUAAUAAACGGCCUCAUCCAGGGAGUGAAGGGUUUGCUGUCGUUUAUGAGCGCACCAUUGAUUGGUGCUCUAUCAGAUGUGUGGGGCAGGCGAUCGUUUCUGUUGGUUACCGUGUUCUUCACGUGUGCGCCCAUCCCGCUCAUGAGACUCAGUCCAUGGUGGUACUUUGCCAUGAUAUCAGUGUCCGGUGCUUUUUCCGUCACUUUCUCCGUAAUCUUCGCUUACAUCGCAGACGUUACGGAUGAGCAUGAGAGGAGUACGGCAUAUGGACUUGUGUCUGCGACGUUCGCAGCGAGUCUGGUCACCAGCCCGGCCAUCGGCGCGUACCUCUCGGCCAGUUAUGGCGAUAACCUGGUGGUGCUGGUGGCGACCCUCAUCGCUCUGGCCGACAUCUGCUUCAUACUGCUGGCCGUCCCAGAGUCGCUGCCCGACAAGAUGAGGCUCAACACCUGGGGAGCGCCAAUCUCCUGGGAGCAGGCCGACCCGAUUGCUUCUCUGCGGAAAGUUGGGCAGGACACAACCGUUCUUCUCAUUUGUAUAACGGUAUUUCUGUCCUAUCUGCCCGAGGCGGGUCAAUACUCCAGCUUUUUCCUCUACUUGCGUCAGGUCAUUAACUUCUCGCCCAAAACGAUCGCGGUGUUCAUCGGCGUGGUGGGAAUCCUCUCCAUCCUGGCGCAGACGCUUUUUCUCACUUUAUUAAUGAGGACCAUCGGGAACAAGAACACAGUUCUUCUGGGUCUGGGUUUCCAGAUUGUCCAGCUGGCCUGGUACGGUUUAGGGUCCGAGCCGUGGAUGAUGUGGGCGGCUGGUGCGGUGGCAGCCAUGUCCAGCAUAACGUUCCCUGCAGUGAGCGCUUUAGUGUCACGCAGCGCAGAUCCGGAUAAACAGGGUCUGGUUCAGGGCAUGAUAACAGGUAUUCGGGGUCUCUGUAACGGUCUGGGUCCUGCACUCUAUGGCUUCGUUUUCUUCCUCUUUAACGUCGAGCUGAGCGGGAUCACCACCAUCCAACCCGACUACCCCAUCCCUGUUCAGAUCCCCACAGAGACAAUGAUCCCUGGUCCUCCGUUCCUCCUGGGUGCCUGCACGGUGGUGGUGGCGUUUAUAGUCGCUCUGUUCAUACCGGACCACCCGUCGCCACCAGGGACGCCCUGCCAAACCAGUAAGAGCAGCGCGAGUCUGGCCGGAGCCCACACCAACACGCCGCUGCCGGGGAGCGACGAGGACUUCGAACCGCUGCUGGAGGACAGCACUGUGUGACUGUAACCCUCAACCCAAAUCAUCUUUGGGGGAAAAAAAAAAAUCGCAAAUCCUCCACCUGUCGGGCGACUCAUGUUUGGGAGCGAGAAGUAUAUAUUUAGUGUGUUUUAUCUGAUUUUUGUUGUUUUGAUGAAACGGUUAUUGGUUCUGAACUCAGAGGCUUUUUUAUUGACCGUUUUUACAGUGUUUAACAUUCGGUGUACAAAUGAAUCAACACUCUAAGGGCUCGAUCAGUGGGAUUGGAUGCGCUGUGGUGGAGUUUGUUUGAUUCUUCUGGAGUUUAAAUGCAAAGCUCUUUAUAUAUAUAUAUAGAUAUAUAUAGAUAUUUGGGCAAAGUGCAGUAAAGGUUAUUGUUUAUGGAGCUUGUGGUGACUUGAAGCUUAUUGUUACUCUCGUAAGAUUGAAGGAAAAACUGGAUGAAUUUCAUGAAAACGGUCAUUGCAACUAGGAGUGGGCGAUAUGACCAAAAUCUUAUUUCAUGAUAUGAGACAUUUUAUUUCACGAUAACAAUAUAGAUCACAAUAUAGUUAUUUUUGUUGUUUUUAUUUUAUUUAUUGUUAUUAAAAAUAACAAAGAAGCAAAUUACAAACAAUAGGACAAAUACAAUACAACAAAAUAUGACAAACAAAUUAAUUUUUUCAGGUUAUUUUACAGAAAUUGAAUAAUCAAAUGAUAAAAAAAAAAUACAAUGAUAAUAAAAUACUUAAUAGUCUUUACUGUUUGAAUUAAAUAUAAAUGUAUUGUUAUUAAAACUACAAAAGUUAUUCAGUCAAGAGCAGUAAAUUAUUUUCUCUUUUGUUUGAUUAACAUUAACGACAGAAAGCAAGAGGUUUAUUAGGCUGCUAUCACUUUAAGACCAAUAUACUAAUACACAUCCGGUUUACACCCAAAUGCUCUCUCUUUAUAGUCACAUUCAUGCGUUUCAUCACUUUAAAGUGUCAAUAGUGCUGUGCUACACUGUUUAUUUACAUACCGCAAUAUACAUGAUAUAGCAAAAUCUCUAACGAUAGACAUUUUAUACUGUCGCCACGAUAUAUCGUCAUACCGCCCAUCCCUAAUUGCAGCCUGAAAAUAAAGCCUAUUUUUAGACUUUUCGUGAUAUUAUUUUCAUGACAAUUAAGCACAUUUCUCCCCCUUCUAAAAAUAGGCUUCAUUUGCAUUAAAAAAUACACAUUUCUUAUGAUUUCAAACGUGACCCAAGCAUGUUCUUGACAGAUUUCGUGAGAUUCGCCCUAAUAGAAGUUGAGAUCAGUAUUUUUAAACUGUAUUUGAUGAAAGUUCUGCAACGAUUGCGUGAACUUUCUUUAUAUAAGCCUUAAAGUCACAUAUCCUGUGGCGUUUGACAAGGUUUUAAUAGAUUAGAGAUGCAUCCGGUUGCAAGUGCAUGAACAGUAUAUGUGGCGAUGUUAACCAAACCCAAGACACUAGAGCACCAGCGGUUUGAUGUAGUUACUGAUGCUAACAUAGUUCUUUAGGCCAAUUAGUUGUAUCAUACGGACACGGCUUGAUUGUGAAUUUCAUGAAGUGUGUGUGUGUGUGUGUGCGCGUGUGUGUGUGAGUAAAGGUUCUAUGCAGUAGUGUACCGACAUGAUCAAAAAUGGCAUUCAAUUUAGAAGUAAAAAAAUGUCAUGUUGAGUAACAUGGGUGUUUAAAAUCACAAUAUUGCAGUAUUGCUUAAAAUUUUACACUGGUAUAAGUGAAAUUUUACCUUCAUUUUUACUUUCAAGAAAAGUAUUGGCAUUGCGCAUUUGUUGAGCUAUUGUACUCAACGAUAUUUAUAUAUUUCCUUUUACUAAAAUGAAAGGAUAAUUCGUAUUUAAUAAAAAUCAGCCAACAUCUACGUACCAGCUACCUCAUUUUUGGAGGUUUUGAUGAUUUUGUGGAAUGAGGUGAGAUUCGAUCUGAAUAUAUUUUUUAUCUGUAUUUUUUUUUUUUUUUGUAUAGCCAUAUUCCAUAUUCAAUAUGGGAUUUUGGAUUUUUUCCAAGAUCAUUCCAUCAGAAUGAUAGAAGAAUCUCAUUAAUUUGUUCACGAAUUCCAUAUUUUCUUAUACAGUGGAGAUUCUUUAUAUUUCCCAGAGGCCUCUGUCUGUUUCGUGUGAAGAACACUGUGGAGCAUCUCAUAGUUUGAGGUCAUCAUUAGACUGACCUGUUCCACAUCCGCAUCAUUUCCUCCACUUCCAGCAUUUCAUACAAAUACAACCCCUCUGGUGACCUGUGAAUCACACAGAAACCAUGAACAGAAUCUGAAUAUUUGCUUUCCAUCAUUUAUUCUUCACCCUUGACCCUUUUCCAUGUGUUUUGCAUCAUUUCAGCCAUAUUUAUCAUGCAGUGAAACGACGUGAAACUUUCUUUGUAGAGCUUGAAAUUGCGCUGAUGUGUGUUUUUAUAAAAAAGGUAAUUGCGACUUUUUAUAUCACAAUUCUGACUAUUUUUUCCUCGCAAUUCCGCGAUAGGCCUAUCUAACAAUUCUGACUUUUUCCUCACAAUUCUGAGUUUAUAUCUCACAAUUCUUAGAAAAAAAAGUCAGAAUUGUAAUUUAUAAAGUUAAUUGCAAGAUAUAAACUCUCAAUUCUGAGGAAAAAGUCAGAAUUGUGAGUUUAAAAAAGUCGCAAUUACAUUUUUUUAUUCUGUGGGAAACGAGCUUCCACAAGUUCCCGCGCUUUUGGGUUUCGUAUGUACAAUGAAUUUGUGCACAGCUUGUAACGGCAGUUUUAAAAUGUAAUAUAACGACGGUCAUAUUCAUUAUUUUAGGAUUGUAAAGUAUUGUAUAUGUACUGAAUAGUAUUACAGAUAAACUCAGACCCGCAAUAUUUUUUGGAACAACGUGCCGCUCCAAAUAACGCCAACCGAUUUUUUUUUUUUGGCUCAUCAGGAGCGAAGCACGUGUUCACACACGUUUUGCUUUCCCUUUUUGAACAUGUCAAGUAUUUGUGUGUCUUUCAACGGGAUACACAAGGUGCCUGAAGUAACAUGUUCGUUUGUAGUACGAGUCUUACUGUAAAUACAGAGUACAUUGAGCAGCUGAUCAAGAUGAAAUGUACAGGGACCCUUAUGUAUUUAUUGUCAUGUAUUGUGGGAAUAUUUAAAUAGGUGCAAUUUAAAUGAAUAAAGAACACCAAGAGUAAUUUCA